AUGCGUCCACGGAUCCAUCGCCUUUGGGCACCCCUCGUGUACCGUCCAGCCGCCAUGCCCGGCCCUCCUCCUCCAACAGCCCUUUGCGCCCGUCUUCGGCCAGGAGCCUCGUCAAGGGGCGCCCCGCCACACCAGGUCUGCUUACACGUUCUUGGAUCGUUUACACCUUGUUUCCGACCAGGCUCUCCGAGCAUCAACACCGAUGUCAAGGCUCUAGGCCCUGGCCGACAAAUUCUCGACCGGUCCUACUACGUAGGGAAAUUGCGCUCCAAGAAGCAAGAGCUGCAGCAAGAGAUCGAGCGAAUGGUGGAGGAGGUUGAGCAACUGGAGAAGGAGAGGUUCGCCAGUGUGCAUGUCGGGCAGAAGCAGAAAGCUCUAGCGGAGGAAGUGCAGGGACUGAAGCUGCAGCUGCUCGACUAUACUGUAGUCAUGGAAAAGGUUAGCGCAAACCGGAGGCUUCAUGUGGUAUGUAACUUGUUGAAGCAGGCACCGGAAGCAAAGGUGCAGUACGUGGAACUCCAGCAAGAGUACAGGAAACUGGAGACAGAAGUGGAGAGACUGCAAUCACUUAUUGGCGAGAUCGGCACGUCAAAUGAAGAGUUGGAACAGAUUAGGCAGGAUAAUCUGGAGAUCAUCAAAGCGGAAGAGAAAAGCCAAGUACUUGAGAGCGAAAUACACUUUCACGAAGGGAAAAUUGCCGAAGCAGAACGGUCCAUUUCAGAACUAAAAGAGCUGGAGUUUCAUCGCGGGGAAUUGAAGCAGCUGGACGAUUUAGAAGCCAGAACCGAGACGGACAUAUCAUGCACAAAGCAGGCCAUCAGUUUGCUCGAAAACGAGAUGGAAGAUUUCAAACGCCUCGAUGGGAGCAGAUCCCAGUGUGAUGCGAAAUGCGCGAAAUUAGAAGCCGAGAAGCAGAAGAUCGAGGAGAAGAAGGCAUUUCUCCAGGAGCAAGUGAGGGAGCAAGUCGAGAAGCUCGAGGCUUUCAGCCAGAUUUUGGAUGACAGCGAUCUGCAUAGGAACCUGGAGGACUUGAAGACGAGGUUCCACGCGUUACAAAGCAGCAACCAAGUGCUCCAGGAAGAAGUUGAGACCAAGGAGCGAGAGCUAAACUACGGCCUUGUGCUGGAGAACAUACGGUUCAUGGUCUCGCAGCUCAACAGCGAGAUCAAAAAUAGCCAGAUGCAAAGCUAUUGA